CCUGCGAACGGCGUGUGGCGAGCAGGGGGCGGGGCCAGGGGCGGAGCGGAGCGCGCAUGCGCGGUCGCCUUUGUGUGGGUCGAGCAGCGGCGGCGGCGGCGGCAGUGGCGGUCCCACUGGCAGGCGGGCAAGAGGGGAGUCCGGGCGGCGGCCGGCGUGGGAGCCGCGGGACCACCAUGGUAAAGAAGCGGAAAGGCCGCGUCGUGAUCGACUCGGACACAGAGGACAGCGGCAGCGACGAGAACCUGGAUCAGGAGCUCUUGUCCCUGGCAAAGCGAAAGCGCAGUGACUCUGAGGAGAAGGAGCCACCUGUGAGUCAGCCUGCAGCCUCGUCAGACUCGGAGACAUCUGACAGUGACGAUGAGUGGACAUUUGGGAGCAAUAAAAAUAAGAAGAAAGGAAAAGCCAGAAAAAUAGAGAAGAAAGGAACCAUGAAGAAACAGGCCAACAAAACUGCCUCCUCAGGCAGUUCAGACAAAGACAGUUCAGCUGAGAGCUCAGCCCCUGAGGAAGGUGAAGUGUCAGACUCUGACAGCAACAGCUCCUCUUCCAGUUCAGAUUCAGACUCUUCCUCAGAAGAUGAAGAGUUCCAUGAUGGCUAUGGAGAAGACCUCAUGGGAGAUGAGGAAGACAGGGCCCGUCUGGAACAGAUGACAGAGAAAGAGAGAGAGCAAGAACUGUUCAAUCGCAUAGAGAAGAGGGAGGUGUUGAAAAGAAGAUUUGAAAUCAAGAAAAAACUAAAAACAGCCAAAAAGAAAGAAAAGAAAGAAAAGAAGAAAAAGCAAGAAGAGGAGCAAGAAAAGAAAAAGCUGACACAGAUUCAAGAAUCUCAGGUAACAUCCCACAACAAGGAACGGCGUUCCAAGCGGGAUGAGAAACUAGACAAGAAAUCUCAAGCCAUGGAGGAACUAAAAGCAGAGCGAGAAAAACGGAAGAACAGAACAGCUGAGCUCCUUGCCAAAAAACAGCCAUUAAAAACCAGUGAGGUCUACUCUGAUGAUGAAGAGGAGGAAGAGGAUGACAAAUCCAGUGAAAAGUCAGACCGCUCAUCUCGAACAUCGUCGUCUGAUGAAGAAGAGGAGAAAGAAGAGAUCCCUCCAAAAUCCCAACCAGUUUCCUUACCUGAAGAAUUGAAUCGGGUUCGAUUAUCACGGCAUAAGCUAGAACGCUGGUGUCACAUGCCCUUCUUUGCUAAAACUGUCACAGGAUGUUUUGUGCGGAUUGGCAUUGGAAACCACAACAGCAAACCAGUUUACCGGGUCGCUGAGAUUACGGGUGUUGUGGAAACCGCCAAAGUUUACCAACUAGGCGGCACCAGAACAAACAAAGGGCUGCAACUACGGCAUGGCAAUGACCAACGCGUGUUCCGUUUAGAGUUUGUCUCAAACCAAGAAUUCACCGAAAGUGAGUUUAUGAAGUGGAAAGAAGCGAUGUUCUCUGCUGGCAUGCAGUUGCCCACUCUAGAUGAAAUCAAUAAAAAGGAGUUAUCUAUUAAAGAAGCUCUUAAUUAUAAAUUCAAUGAUCAGGACAUUGAAGAGAUUGUAAAAGAGAAAGAAAGGUUCAGAAAAGCUCCACCCAACUACGCUAUGAAGAAGACUCAGCUACUGAAGGAAAAGGCCAUGGCUGAGGACCUGGGGGAUCAGGACAAGGCCAAACAAAUCCAAGAUCAACUGAAUGAGCUGGAGGAACGGGCAGAGGCCCUGGACCGCCAGCGGACCAAGAACAUAUCUGCUAUCAGUUACAUCAACCAGCGGAACCGGGAGUGGAACAUUGUAGAGUCUGAGAAGGCCCUUGUGGCUGAAAGUCACAACAUGAAAAACCAACAGAUGGAUCCGUUUACUCGGCGGCAGUGCAAGCCUACCAUCGUUUCUAAUUCCAGAGACCCAGCUGUUCAAGCUGCCAUCUUGGCCCAGCUGAAUGCAAAAUACGGUUCUGGAGUGUUACCAGAUGCUCCAAAGGAAAUGAGCAAGGGUCAAGGCAAAGAUAAAGAUUUGAAUUCUAAGUCAGCCAGUGACCUCUCAGAAGAUCUGUUCAAAGUACAUGAUUUUGAUGUGAAGAUUGACUUACAAGUUCCCAGCUCAGAGUCAAAGGCUUUAGCCAUCACCUCCAAGGCUCCGCCAGCCAAGGAUGGGGCUCCAAGGAGAUCUCUGAACUUGGAAGACUACAAAAAACGACGAGGGCUUAUUUGAGCACCCCCAGCCUGCUGCUUCUGACCCUGCAUGCCCCAUCGCAGCGUCCCACCUUUCCUCCUUUCCUUUGAUUUAGCCUCUUUGGGCUGGAGCAGCUGUUGAACUGGGAAGAGACUCUAAACUGCCAGUCAUCUGUAAUAUAAACCAUUUGCUGUAUAGACCUCCCUUGUUUGCACACCAUUUCCCACCAGCCUCCCCUCCCCCAGGGCCCCACUCAGUGUGGGCCUGGGCUCUCUUGGGCUUUAUCCAUGUCUUUAGAUUUGUGUUUGCCUUUUGUUUUUUUAACCGCGCAGUUCAUUGGCCACUCUGCACGCAUUCAGUAUUACCAUGGAGCUGGGAAUCUUGCUGGAGCCCCUGGGGCAAUAGCAGCAGCACCAGGCGGUCUCCUCUACAGACUGCCUUGGCCCACCCAUUGAACAUUCGGCACCUGACCUUGUGGAGGGAGCGGGAUUGGGCACCUGCGGUCCUCCUUCCUCUCUUCAUCUUUCUCUUCUGCCCUUCUUUUUGGAAGAAGGGGUUUCAAAACCAGUUUAGUUUCCAAAAAGUGUACAUUUGGGGGGGGGUGUGUCUAAUUUGAGAGCGAGAGUGUGUGUGUGUGUAAGUGUGUGGAUUUUUUUAUCAUUUUUUUAAAAUGCAGUACUCUUUGUAUCAGUCUGUCGUGGGUCUAUAGCUGUUUCAGAUUUUUUUCAGCUGUACUUGAGCAUCUGAAACUGCAAGAAAGAAACUCAUUAAAUGUGAUUCUUCUUACUAAACAGGCCUGACUGCUGUAGCUGUGUAACUUCCCCAUUCCCACCUACUCUUCCCCAUCCCUUUCCAACUUUGGAGAAAACUCCCCAGUUUAGCCCCCUGACCUGCAGGCUGUGUCCUGGCAGGUGUGGGAGGGAAGCCUAUGGCCAGGUACCAGGGAGGGCAGUGAAUGUCUUGCUCAUCCCAUGGGUACAGCCCACAGCUUCUUGGCUGAACGUAGAACUUAUUUUUCUCACCCAGUAUACCAGCCUCUUCCUAGUGAUUCUGUUUUGCUGUUUUGGCAAGAAUUACAUUUUGUUUUUAAGAGAAAUUUCUGAAUAUGAAUGUGGAGAGCAAACACAAAAAGAUUUAGGUUACACCAGGCACGGUAGCUCACGCCUGUAAUCCCAGCACUUUGGGAGGCUGAGGCGGGUGAAUCACCUGAGGUCAGGAGUUCAAGACCAGUCUGACUAACACGGUGAAACCCCAUCUCUACUAAAACUACAAAACUUAGCCGGGCAUGGUGGCGCACGCCUGUAAUCCCAGCUACUCGGGGGGCUGAGACAGGAGAAUCCGUUGAACCUGGGAGGCGGAGGUUGUGGUGAGCCAAGAUCAUGCCACUGCACUCCAGUCUGGGUGACAGAGUGAGACUCCGUCUCAAAAGGAUUUAGGCUGCAAAUCUUUCAAGCAUGUGCAGUUUUGUGUGUGUAUACAUAUAUAUGGUCAGCAUAUAUAUUGUUGUGCAGCUAGGGCAAAGCCAGCAGAGGUGUGUGUAUGUCUUUAUGAAAUGUUUGAAAAGAGAUAAGCUGACUGCUUGAUAAUCAUUCUCAGGUGUAAAGCUCCAAGUGUAAAUAAAAGUGGCAUUUAACAAAUCUUUCAGAACAAAGUACAGCUGACUAUAUAUACCAAGCGCUAAGCUAAAGGAACAGCUGAGAGCUCCGAUCUCCACGAGAGAUGAAUCUGAAAGCUCUGCUUUGUACUUCCUCACCCUGCUUUCGUACAAGGAAGGGGGACGAUGGGAAAUCAUGGACUUGUAAGUUGUAUUUAAACAUAAAAAUGAACUUGGUAACUUCUGGGUUUAGUAGAGCCUCAGUGUCGCUUUAACUUAGUUUACUUUUUUUUUAUUUUUAAAGCAGCAAUGGAUGGUUUUAAAGGAGUAUUAUGAUUGUAAAAUUGCUAAAUAUGACUGUAACACAGCUAUGUAGUAGCUGUGACACAGUUCACUUGGGCAAAGGAGUGGCGAUGGACUCGUUAAAAUCAUAUAUACUUGAAUAGUCCAUUGGCCGAAACUCUUUAUAGACUAUUGUGUAAAUGUGGAAUCACAGACUGUUAACAUUGCCUGGACUUCAGCAGAGUCCUGGAGCUGCUGGGACCUCUCCUAUCAUGAUGAACUUGGACUUUUUUUUGAUUUCUGGUUUUAAAAAACAUAAAAUUAUAGAAUCCAGAUAAUUCGCUGGAGUCAUUCUGAUCCACCAUGUAGAUCUGUAUUUAGUAUCAUUUGGAUUUGGAGAAGUGUUGAUUACAUUAUGGCUGUGUAAUAAAAUUUUUAUUAAAACUGCAUCACACUGUAGCCACUUUGCCACCACCUCCCCACACGUAGCCGCUGAAACCCCCGCGAAGAUGUCAAUGCACACAGCAGGGAGAAAAGCCAACCAAAGAAAACCGAAGGGUAUCUUUCCACCCGAGUAGCCUCUGUAGCGAUUGGGACCAAGACUAAGGCCUUGUCUCCAAUUUCAGCUGAGGCAGUGCCUCUGAACCAAGAUCUUGGCCAGGCAUUAAGACAUUGGCUUUGUCCUACCAACUAGGAUUUCUUGGUGGUUCACACUGUUUCUUGUGCUGGGGAAUUGCCUCAGUGGGCCCCUCCUCCCUGCACAGUGUAGUUUCAGUGUUGAAGGGUGCAGCACCCAAGGUUGUUUUUAUGCAUUUUUUCAGUUCCUUCCAAGAAGCAAAAAGGCCAGUAUCCAUCUGCCUAGUUCAUAAUGUUUAUAGGUCUGUUUGUCUGUCUUGCUUCUGGCAGGUGUAGAGAAAGUCUACUGCCUGCCACUCACUUCAAAAAGAAUGUUUUUGCUUUUGUGUAAGUCCUGACUUGUCACUCAAACUGUACCAAUAUUGUAAAUAAACAUUAUGCCGUUUUAACAAA